UGGCUCGAGGGAUUAGGCAAAGUGACCACCAACUACCGGACGGGGGUCAUGGAAUUCAACUCUGGAGAGCAUCGGGUCACGUUAAAGGCAAGCAAGGACGGUGGGACCAAGGAGGUUGGUCUCAAGAGUAUAGAACAAGUUUGGCAUAUGGGCGGCCAGAUCUUCACCGUCGAGAAGGCAAGCGCACAUGCGGGCAUCGUUGAGCAGGUCAAGUACAAGGAUCCCCCUCUGUUCGACGAAUACUUCAGAGAGGUCGAGCAAGUCUCGACGGAUUAUGAUGGCCCACCUAUCAUCGACGUAUACCCCGAAGAUGAACUCAUGGACGUCGAAGUAAUUGAAGAAGCCGAGGUUGAGGAAACUAAGUCCGAAGGCAAGGUUCAAGAG